CGGAAGUGGCGGCCGGAAGUGGUGCGGGGCGCGCGGAGACGUGGAAGCGGCGGCGGAGCGGAGCCGAGCGGCAUCGCGAUGGUGACGGACGUGCAGCUCGCCAUCUUCGCAAACAUGCUGGGCGUGUCGCUCUUCCUGCUCGUCGUGCUCUACCACUACGUGGCCGUUAACAACCCCAAGCGGCAGGAGUGAAACGGGAGCGAGCCCCGAGCGGCACCGGCCUGCACUGCACAGAGCAGCACCGCACCAUGGCGGCUGUGGAAUCCCCCCCCACCCUCACCCCGUGACACCCCUCACCACCGUGCCGUCUCUGACCGGGCUUUGACAGAAACACGACAUGAGACAAAA